AUGCGCUUCUCAGCUGUCAUCGGGCUGCUUCUUACCAUGGCCGUUGGUACCCAGGCCGGCUUGUACUGCCAGUGCUUGUACUCGGAUGGUUCCCACUGCUGUAUCGCGGUAAGCAUCCUGAGACCUUUGAGGAGAAAGACAAAACUAACUAGAAUUACAGGACAACAGAGGUGA